GUUCAGGAAGUAGCGCAGCUGUGCAUGAAGUCAAUUGGUUCAGUAAGAGUUAAUGUUUUCUGGACUAGUUGUUUAAUAAGCAAGAUAUUCAGAACAUCUUUCCAAAACACCAAUAACCCCAGACUCGGUAACCCCAGACUCGGUAACCCCAGACUCGGUAACCCCAGACUCGGUAACCCCAGACUCGGUAACCCCAGACUCGAUAACCCCAGACUCGGUAACCCCAGACUCGGUAACCCCAGACUCGGUAACCCCAGACUCGGUAACCCCAGACUCGGUAACCCCAGACUCGGUAACCCCAGACUCGGUAACCCCAGACUCGGUAACCCCAGACUCGGUAACCCCAGACUCGGUAACCCCAGACUCGAUAACCCCAGACUCGGUAACCCCAGACUCGGUAACCCCAGACUCGGUAACCCCAGACUCGGUAACCCCAGACUCGGUAACCCCAGACUCGAUAACCCCAGACUCGAUAACCCCAGACUCGGUAACCCCAGACUCGGUAACCCCAGACUCGGUAACCCCAGACUCGGUAACCCCAGACUCGGUAACCCCAGACUCGGUAACCCCAGACUCGGUAACCCCAGACUCGAUAACCCCAGACUCGGUAACCCCAGACUCGGUAACCCCAGACUCGGUAACCCCAGACUCGGUAACCCCAGACUCGGUAACCCCAGACUCGGUAACCCCAGACUCGAUAACCCCAGACUCGGUAACCCCAGACUCGAUAACCCCAGACUCGGUAACCCCAGACUCGAUAACCCCAGACUCGAUAACCCCAGACUCGGUAACCCCAGACUCGGUAACCCCAGACUCGGUAACCCCAGACUCGGUAACCCCAGACUCGAUAACCCCAGACUCGGUAACCCCAGACUCGGUAACCCCAGACUCGAUAACCCCAGACUCGGUAACCCCAGACUCGGUAACCCCAGACUCGGUAACCCCAGACUCGAUAACCCCAGACUCGAUAACCCCAGACUCGGUAACCCCAGACUCGAUAACCCCAGACUCGGUAACCCCAGACUCGAUAACCCCAGACUCGGUAACCCCAGACUCGGUAACCCCAGACUCGGUAACCCCAGACUCGGUAACCCCAGACUCGGUAACCCCAGACUCGGUAACCCCAGACUCGGUAACCCCAGACUCGGUAACCCCAGACUCGGUAACCCCAGACUCGGUAACCCCAGACUCGGUAACCCCAGACUCGAUAACCCCAGACUCGAUAACCCCAGACUCGAUAACCCCAGACUCGGUAACCCCAGACUCGAUAACCCCAGACUCAAUUCCAGACAAUUUGUUUCAGAAGCAUCUCACGAUUUUGCUCCCUUAUCUGAUCAUAGAUUGAUUAAUAUUCAUUUAGACCGCUGUUCAGAUCCAGGAGCCGUUCUCUAG